AUGUCAAAACCCCAGUUCGACCGCGCAGACGCCAGCGCGCUUCUCGACGACAGAGGCUAUCGCGGAGCGCUCAUCAGAGGGCAGAACCCCGCGCUACUCUUCGAAAAGGGUGUGCGUGAGCGCAUCACCGAGUCGUACUACUGGAAGGAGCAAUGUUUCGGUCUGAACGCUGCGACGUUAUGCGAUCGCGCCGCAGACCUCAAGUUCAUCGGCGGCACAACAGGCAUUACCGGCAAGCCUACGCCAUUCUUGUGUCUGGCCUUCAAGAUGCUGCAACUAGUGCCGGACAAGGAGAUUAUACUAGAAUACCUGAACUUUCGCGACGAUGAGGACGACGAGGGCCAAGACGCCGAGGUCAAGAAGGAGCAGAACGGCCACACAUCAGAAGACGAAGACGCAACCAAGAAAGCGCUGGACCUGAACGCAGCAGGCAAACUCGGCGACUUCAAGUACCUGCGCUGCCUCGCCGCCUUCUACAUUCGCCUCGCUUGGGAGCCCGUCGAAAUCUACCAGACCCUCGAACCCCUUCUCACCGAUUACCGCAAGAUAAAGCGACGUCUCAAAGACGCCUUUACACUCACACAUGUUGAUCAGUUUAUCGACGAUCUCCUUACAAAAGACCGGAUAUGCGCGACGAGUCUGUGGAAGUUGCCGUCACGGGCGAACCUGGAGGAUUUGGACAUGCUGGAGCCAAGGGAGAGUCCGUUGGGCGAUGAGAUUGAUGAGCUGGAUGAGGACUUAGACAGAAGAAGUGAUGGAAGCGCAAGGAGUUAUAGGAGCAGGAGUUAUCAAAGCAGGAGCAGGAGCAGAAGUUACGAUAGUCGAAGUCGCAGCAGAAGUCGCAGUUAUGAUAGCCGGGAUCGGGGAAGGAGUCGCAGUCCGGGACAACUGAGUCGGUCAAGAAGCAGGACUCGCAGCAGGAGUAGAAGUAGCAGGCGGGACUAG